AUGAGAACUGCUUUCUUACUUAGCCUUCUUCCUUGCGCUCUGGCAUUUUCGUCAUCUCUAGCACCAAUGGGAAAAGCAACAAGUGCUCUUCAUUCUUUGGCAUCGGAGGAUGAGGCUUCUUCAUUUUCUCGUAGAGAAGCCAUUCAAGCUGGAGUUGCUUCUGCCACGACUCUUGCAGGUCUAUUUGUAAUGCCACAAUUGGGAAUUGCUGAAGAAGAAACCAGAGCCACAUCCAUUAAAAAUGUCGUUGUUGCUGGAGCAACUGGACAAACCGGAAGCCGAGUUUUCGAACGCUUGGUUGCGCAAAACUUCGUCACUACAGGAGGUGUUCGAAAUGUUGCAAAGGCCAGCAAGUCCCUGCAAGGAAACCUGAAACAAUUAGACGUCGUUGAGGACUCUAUUGAUAGCCUGACCGAAACCCUCAAGGGAGCUGAUGGGCUCAUUAUCGCAUGUGGCAUGAAUCCAGGCAAGAACCUUCUAAGAAUGUCUGCUGCCGCACAUGAAGUUGAUAAUAUUGGAACCUGCAAGCUAAUCUCUGCCGCCAAGAAUGCCGGAGUCAAAAAGGUUGUCAUGGUUUCCUCCAUUUUAACAGAUGGCAGGGCGUGGGGACAAGAGAACUCCCCUGGUUUUGUUGCUACCAAUGCCUUUGGCGGAGCACUCGACGAAAAGCUUGUCUCCGAAAAGUUUCUCCGAGCCAGUGGAUUGGACUAUACAAUUGUUAGACCAGGAGGAUUGAAGGCGAAGGCCCCAACAGGAGAAUUGUCCAUCAAUCCUGAGAACACACUCAAUAGUGGAGAAAUUUCAAGAGACUUGGUCGCUGAUGUUAGCAUUGCUUGCUUGAACGACCCAGAAGCCUCUAACAAGGUUCUUGAAAUUUUCGAAGAUGAAGAAAAGCCAGCCAAGGUAUUCAAUGGACUGGUUAUGUAA